GUAUCGUCCACCGUUUAUGCGUUCUAGCCGGGCACAACUGACAGUGGGUGCGGUCUAACGCCUGCUGGACCUGGCCUUUGACGAAACGUACGAUGCGCACGAUUGCUCCUCCGAAACGUAGGCCGGGACAGGCCGAGAUCGCAAGUGUACGGAUAUAAAUCCAGCAAGUAGGGCGCGAGCACCCUUUAUCUGCCGCCAUGUCCUCCUCGUCGUCCAAGCCGAUGCGCACGCAAGUCGAAGAAUAUAUCGUAUCGUUGCAGGAGCAAAUCGUGACUGCGCUCGAGAGACUCGAUCCGAAGGCGCCGGCGUUCAAGCGGGACUCAUGGACGCGCGCGCAGGGAGGGCUCGGGCAGUCUUGCGUUUUCCAGGUGCCCUCGGACGACAGCACGAAACACGAUACGGUGCUCGAAAAGGCGGGAGUGAACAUCUCCAUCGUUCAUGGCAAACUCCCACCAGCGGCGGUAAAGCAGAUGAAGGCGGACCACUCGUCCCUUCCAUACAACCCGGACUCGCAAGAGUCGAUCCCCUUCCUUGCGACCGGCCUCAGCCUCGUGAUUCACCCACGCAACCCGAACGCGCCCACUUGCCACGCCAACUACCGCUACUUUGAAGUCACCGAGCCCCUAGUCGAGGGCGCAGACCCGAACGAGCAGCCCAAGGUUCUCGCCUGGUGGUUUGGGGGCGGCAGCGACCUCACGCCAUCGUACCUGUUCGAGGAGGACGCGGUGCACUUCCACUCCACGCUCAAGACCGCGUGCGACAAGCACAGCACGAUAUUUUACCCCACGUUCAAGAAGUGGUGCGACGAGUACUUCUACAUCCCCCACCGGCAGGAGGCGCGCGGCGUCGGCGGGCUCUUCUUCGACGACCUUAGUGACGCGGCUCACGCGCGCCUCCCGGACGACGCCCCGCGCCCGCGCACCGCAGAUGAGAUCUUUGCGUUCGUCCGGUCGCUCGGGGACGCGUUCGUGCCGUCGUACAUCCCCAUCCUCGAGCGGCGCAUAUCGAUGCCGUACACACCCUACCAGCGCCGGUGGCAGCUCGUGCGGAGGGGACGCUACGUCGAGUUCAAUCUUAUCUAUGACCGAGGCACAAAGUUCGGCCUCAUGACUCCUGGAGCGCGGGUUGAGAGCAUCUUGAUGACGCUGCCGGAGACGGUCAGGUGGGAGUAUCAGUGUGAUAUGGGCGGAGAGGGGACGGAGGAGGGGCGCUUGGUGGAGGUCCUGCAAAAGCCGAGGGAAUGGGUGCAAUAGAGCAAUGAAAGGGUGUAGCUUUGAGGGGGAGCGGAGGAGGGUCAGGACGAAAGAAGGAAAGAAGGAAAAGGUCACGGUCUGUAAUACUAUCAACGGUGUGUACGCAUCGUAAUCGGGAAUGUUUCAUUUUCGCUGGAAGGCGAGAUCUUAUAUUUAUCGCAUCACUCAUAAUGCCAUCGCCCGUCAUGGGCAACAAUCUUCCUGUCGCUCUCCAGAAUGACUUCGGGAUGCUUUUCUG